AUGGCUGCUACUGCGGCUUUUAAGCGGGGUGUGCUCUCCAAUUUCAGAAGAGGGUUCCAAGCGUUUAGUCGAGACCUGGUCUACAUUGAAGGCCCUGCUUCUUCAUCUUCAAGUUCGCUAUUCAACAGAUUCUAUUCUAGGCAGAUAUCGCAGCUUGUUAAAGCCAAUGGCUCCCGAGCCUUUCUUGUAGAUACGCUUGCGCUGGUUAGGAGAUUGGAAGCACAAGGUGUGCCCUCCAAACAAGCUGAGGCAAUAACAGCUGCCAUUAUUGAAGUUUUGAAUGACAGCUUGGAAAAUGUCGCUCAGUCCUUUGUCUCCAAAGCAGAGAUGGAGAAAUCGGUGCUGCUUCAAGAAUCCAAUUUGUCCAAAUUUAAAUCCCAAGUACAAAGUUCCCAGGAACACCAUUUCUCUUUAUUGCAACGCGAGACUGAAAAACUCCGGAGUGAUAUAGAGAAGAUGCGCAGUGAACUGAGGUAUGAGAUUGAUAAGGUAACUGCUGGGCAGCGUUUGGAUUUGAAUCUUGAAAGAGGGCGUAUACGUGAUGAACUGGCCAAUCAAAAUGCAGAAACCUCAAAUUUAACUAAUAAGCUUGACAGGGAAAUUCAUGCAUUGAGGGCCCACCUUGAAGCAUCAAAAUAUGAUGUCAUAAAGUACUGCAUAGGUACUCUUGUCUCCAUCUCUGCUGUUGGACUUGCUGUUAUUCGUAUUCUGAUGUGACGAUAUGGUUAUGCAAUUAAAGGUGACUCUAGAGAAAGAAAUUCUAGUAUGUUCAUCUUUCCCUCCAACGAAAUUGCAUGCUGAAAAUUUUUAAAAUUCAGCUGCUUCAGUUGGAAAUUGUGGCCCAAGAGAACAUUCCAUAUAUGUAUCCAGACUGAAUAUUAAUUUUUGCGUUCUCCUUGGGUAGUUCCUUUUGCUUUUACACA